UGACCCAGACAUAUGUCACGCUUGAGCAAAACCUCGGUGCCAUGAUGCAGAAAAUGGCCACCGUCGAAGUCUACUUGGAGUCCUACAAAAGCCAGGUAGAGGAGCUCCGGAAGAUAAACCAGGCUCAGGACGAGCAGCUGAAGCAACUCGCAGACGUCACAUCUGUGAGCAUGUCGAAGAUGGCUUUCACCGCUGCUUUAGGAAGCUCGAUUGGUCCGUUUGAACAAGACACACCACUGCAAUAUCAAAGAAUCCUCUCCAACAUCGGCGGUGGCUACAACCCCGCCACGGGCAUCUUCACCGCCAUGGUCCGGGGGAUGUACUACUUCAGCUAUACCAUGUACAACAACAACUCCGGACAGCCCAACUCAGUGGUGUCCCUGAUGAUGAACAGCCAAAGGAUGGUGUCAACCUGGGACACUGUGGGCGACGAUAGCCACGACAGUGCGACCAACGCAGCCGUGGUGCAGCUGGAGGCUGGAGACAGCGUGUUUGUGAAUCUCUACGCAAACAGAGUGCUCUACGACGACGGCUAUUAUUACAACACCUUCAGCGGCUUCCUGCUCUUCACCUUGUGAUGAAACGCGUCAUUUAACAUGUGAUGGACAAUAAGUAAAUUACGCAGGGGUACAGGUUGUUAAUUGGUUCUAUUAUAAUAUAAAACACAAAUAGUUUUUUAUUUUUUGUAAACUUGUGGUACUUAUUCGUAAGAUUCAAUGAC